AUGGCGACAUCACAGAAGCUCACACAAAUCGCCACAAAUAUCGUCUUGGAGAAAGCAAUACAAGACAAGUUUGCUGCAGCAAAGCAGCAGCAGCAGAAGCCGGGGCAGCAGCAACAGAAAGAGGAACAAGAAGGAGGAAACACCGCUGCAGCUGCAGAAGCAGCAGCAGCAGAUACAGCUGCAGCAGCAGCAGACACAGCAGCAGCAGCAGCAGAUACAGCAGCAGCAGCAGCAUAUACAGCAGCAGCAGAAGCAGAAGCAGCAGCAGCAGAAGCAGAAGCAGCAGCAGCAGCAGCAGCAGAAACAGCAACAGCAGCAUCAGAUACAGUAGCAGCAGCAUCAGAUACAGCAGCAGCAGCAGCAGCAGCAGCAGCAGCAGAUACAGAAGCAAGAUAA